AUGAGCAAUUUUCAAUUCGAGUAUGGCCCAUCAGCCGAGAACUUUUCUGUCUCAAAACACGCCUACCUCUCCGCUCACCCAGAAGCCCAGUUUGGCUAUAUCGCAACAAGUGCUCUCGUGCUAGACACAAGCAUCACGUCUGCACCACGCGUCCUCCUGCUACAGCGCGCCGCAAGCGACGACGAUCCCAACAAGUGGGAACCUCCUGGUGGUGCAUGCGAUGACGAAGAUGAGAGUAUUCUGAGCGCUGCUGCACGUGAACUUCGGGAAGAAGCUGGGCUGGAGGCGAAGUGGAUUGGGGGCCCUGUUGGUGAACCACAUUUCUUCACUCUUGAUGAUGGAAAGAGAGUCUGCCAGUUCAACUUUCUGGUCAAGGUGGAUGUGAGCAUCCGAGAUGUCAAGCUGGCGCCGGAUGAGCAUCAGCGAUUUGUUUGGGCUUCGGAAAGUGAGGUUAGGGAGAGGAAGGCUGGUGAUGUCGAGCUUGAGUUCACGAGGGAUGAGGUUCAACGAACAGUACUUGCAGCAUUUAGGUACGCAAUGGAUAUCAAAUAA